AUGGCCGCGGCGCUCCGCGCUGGGCGAAUCAGCGCCGCCGAUUUCCCGCUCGCCGCGGCCAGACUCGCAGCAGCGUGGAACGCGGCGGAAGACGCGCAGUCGAUUGGCGAGGCGACUCGCAGCUCCCCCGCGGCGGCAGACGCGCGGCGGAGUGGACGAGCGGAGAGCGAAAAGGCAGCGUGGGCAGCGGCGCAAAGUGGAGGGGGUGGUUCCGCGAUAGCGCGGAAUGCGGCGGCAGACGCGGUGGGCGAACGGCAGGGAGUGGAGUGCGCUCGCUGUGAGGGGCGCGCGGAGGGCGUGAUAUGGCAGUGGGUUGCGGCGCGGGCGUCGUCUCUGGCAGUGGGAGGUGAGCGCGCCUCGAGUGAGCGAAUGACGCAUCCCUCCCUUUCAACCUCUCACGUGCCACUGCCAUCGCAUCUCCCCGCCUCACCCUGUCGUCUCAUCCACCCUCCCUCCCUCCCUCCCUCCCUCCCUCCCUCCCUCCCUCCCUCCCUCCCUCCCUCCCUCCCUCCCUCCCUCCCACCCACCUACCGCCCUGUGCCAGGCGGCUACCUCACCACGCUCCACCCGCUGCUGCUGCACCGCACACGCACUCCCCACCACCACACCCAGCAGCACAGCCAGCAGCAGGGGUGCUGCUGCGAUGGCGGCUGCAAGGAGGAAGCGAGAAGCCACGACGCGCUGCCUGCUGCGUGCACUGCUCACCACCACCCACCUCUUCUCUUCACUCUCCCGGUUGACCCGGUUGACCCGGUUGACUGGGUUGAUGCGGUUGACUUGAGUGGCGAGGAGGCGCACGACCCUGCCACUCUGCACUGCUGCGCACAUCCCCGCCACAACACAGCGCCGCCAGGAGCAGGUGCAGGAGCAGCAGUAGUUGCAGAGGCGUCAACCCCAUUACAGUCACGGCUGCAUGCACCCUUGCCAGCAACAGCACAGGCAGAACGGCACACAGCGGGACCAAGAGAACUGGACGCUGUGUUGAGAGAUGAGAGCCGGGUGUCUGGCAAAGCAGCAUGUGGAACGAGGAGUGUUCAGCAUUCAUGGGACGUGGCUUUGAGUGACGUGGCAUCAAGUGACACGGUGGCAUUGGUGCAUUGCCACGUGGUGUUUGAUGCUGUCUUCUCCGUGCCACAACUGCUGCUCCUGCCAUGCUGCCCAGGUGUGCCACCCAUGCCAUGCUUCGCCAUGCCAUGCCAUGCCAUGCCAUGCCAUGCCAUGCCAUACUCUGCCCUCACGGCACCUCUCCACCAUGGGCCCAGCAGGUGCAACCAAGUUGGCCUCUCUCGCAUCUCAAACGCACCUCUGACUGCGCCCACUCUCCUUUUCCAUGUGCCCCUCUGCUGCCCACUUCCUCUGCUGCCCACUUCCUCUGCUGCCCACUUCCUCUGCUGCCCACUUCCUCUGCUGCCCUCUUCCUCUGCUGCCCUCAGCUCCCUGUCCACUGUAAACCACAUUCAUCCCUUCCCACGCCCCAACCCCCGCCCCCUCUACCCCCCACCAGACGGCCGCCCCCUGCCCUGGCAGGACCUCUUUGCCUUCCUGCCUCGCCUCCCCGACCACCCCUUGCUGCCCUCACCCCUGCCCUCCGCCGCUCUUCCGCCCACUGCACAUGACCCCUCUCUGGACACCUGGCACCUGCUCACGCCCCUGGUACGCCCCCACCCACAAGUUCCAUCGCUCAUGCUCUCACCACCAACCCGCACCUGCCAUGACUUGCCGUGCCCCAAGCACCAUGCAUGGACCAUUGGCUGUGGCCCGCACUCGAAGCUGUGCUGCACUGCAUGCAUGCCUUCCCUUCGCCUCUCCUCGCUCAUUCACUCCUCAUUGUUGGACGCACUGCGUUGCUCGCUGCCCAUCUCCAAGGCUUUGAUCUGCCACGUGAUUGCCCUCACUGCACUUCCAUUGCACUGUGCACUGUGGGCUGCCCUCCCCAUGCUGCCCUCCCCAUGCCACCCUCCCCAUGCCACCCUCCCCAUGCCACCUUCCCCAUGCCACCCUCCCCAUGCCACCCUCCCUAUGCCACCCUCCCCAUGCCACCCUCCCCAUGCCACCCUCCCCAUGCCACCCUCCCCAUGCCACCCUCCCCAUGCCACCCUCCCCAUGCCACCCUCCCCAUGCCACCCUCCCCAUGCCACCCUCUCCGUGCUGCCAGGAGCAUCCCUUCCUGGGCCGGCCCUGCAUGGCCCUUCACCCCUGCAACACUCCCGCUGCCAUGGCGCUCCUGCUGCACGCUGCUGCUACAGCUGA